UAUUUAUACCAAACCUCUUUUCGUAUGAAUGAAGUUAUUUCAUGAAGAUGAUUCCUCGAUAACCAUAGAGAAAACUAAUGGGAGUGGAAAAAAGAAGAAAAAAAAAAGAAAUUAGCUAAAAAGAAAGAAAAGUUUUGAGAACGAUCUUUGUAAUAACUUUCCAAGUAAACGUCAUUCCAAGAGAUCUGCUGCUAAUUAUUACGAUAAAAUAGACUAGCAACAAACUGAAAGAUCGUAAAAUUUAUCUUCUCUUUCGGUCUCUGUCUAUUUUCUAGAAAAUCAUCCAAUUCUCUUUCAUAUUUUUCUCUUUCUCCCCUUUGCUUUACCUUUGCAUUCACAUAAUCUUAAAGCGAACGAUCUUCUUGUAUAUAAAUAUCUUUCUCUCUCUCUCUCUCUCUCAUCAUCUUCUUCUCUUCUCUUCACCACCACCACCACCAUCUUCAUCUUCAUCAUCUACUUCAUCUUCUUCUCCCUUUUUCUCACCCAUAAUUUUCAAUCUCCCUUUUUCAUCCUCUUAACAUUAUCGUUGAACAUUCAGGGAAGAUUCAUUUUCGCCUUGAAAGUUGAACAAGUGACAAUGUUAAAGUCUCAGGUUAAUCACAAUUAGUGAAAAUUGCAAGAUAAUAAAGCCCAACGAUUCAAAUUGUAAUCAUCGUAAAUUGUAAUCCAAAUGUUUUACAUCCAAUUCUAAACGUGUCUUCCUUUAAUCAUCUCCUAAUUGUUUGCUUGAUUGUUUAUCCUUUCCGUUACUUUUUCCUUUAUCAUUUCGUUUCUCUUUAUUGUGACCUGAUUGAGAAUUUAUCAAUUGAUUGAUUAUAGUUAUAUUGUUGUUCUUCAAAUACAAUCAACGUUUUUCAUUCACUUUAUCCACUCCAACGUUUGUCAUCUCAAUCUCAUCUCUUCAUCUAUCAUCUUUAAGAAAAGAGAGAGAGAGAGAGAGAGAGAGAGAGAGAGAAAGGAAAGGAAGAAAAGAAAAGAAAAAAAAAAGAAAAGAGAAAAAAUUAUAAACAUAAUUCUAGUGAUUAUCAAACUUUUUGGUUCGAUAAAAUUAAAAAACGAUGCAUUUAUUUUGCAUCAAACUAAUGACAUUAUUGACUUUAAUUAAAUGUAGCCAAUCAAGUAUCUUACCUUCAUUAAUUACAGAUAAAAAUCCGUCACAUCAUCAACAUCAUGGUUCACCAAGUGCCUUUCAUGAUUUUUCAUCAUCUUCCUCGUUAUUAUCUUCAUCAUCUCCACCAUCAAAUUUAGAUUUAUUAUCAUCAUCUUCGUCCUCUUCAUCUUCUCUUUCCUUUUCCUCUUCGUCAUCAUCUUCGCCAUUAUCAUCAUCAUCAUCUUCUUCUUCUUCUCCGUCUUCAACUGAUGUCGAAAUUUCCGAUAUCAUAAGUGAAUCAGCUCUUAAUCAAAACGAUAACAAUAAUGGUGAUGAUCGAUUCCAUUCAUUGGUUAGCCAAGAAUCUCAUAAUACACAAUCAGGCCCACCAACUAAUUAUAACAAUAAUAACAAUCAAAAUGUACGAUCAUCGAUUCUAUUACCAAAGAUUUAUCCAUCUCCAGUGAUUAGUGAUCCAUUUUCCUCUUCGAACACUUUUCCGUCCCAUUCAAAUUCUAAUCCCGAUGAAGGUAAAAGUUUGGAUUAUGCAACAACCUUAAUCAAAGAAGCUCUCGAAGGUCCUAUGAUGCAUGAUUCGAAUGGAGAUUCGUCUGAUUAUGUGGAAUCAUCUUCAUCUUCAUCAUCACCUUCGUCAUCAUCUGAAUUUGAUGGAACCGUUGGAAGAAUGGGAAGUCGAAUUUUCGGAGAAAGAAAAGAAAAUGGUCCAAGUGAAAUCGAUAGUGGAAUUGUUGGUAAUAUCGAGGAAGAAAGAAAAGGUUCAACAAGUGACGAAAUCGAACCGGGAGUUGCUUCAGAUGGAGAUGAAGUAAACGCAGUGCAACCAAGUGAAGAUCAACUUUUCUAUGAGGUACAAAAGUUGAUCCAGUUGAUUCGAGAAGCGGCAGCUCAUACGGACGAAAAGGGCUCAUCACCUAAAUCUCGUAAUAAUCGUAAUCGUUUAACCUUACAAAUGGAUUAUCUACAAAAUCUUCUGGAUGAGUAUCGACAGAAACAAGGGUCACUCAAUCUGCGACAUUGGGUUCGUGGUGUGUCACCUCCAAGGUUAUCGGUGACAAGUCCAAUCGCCGUUCUUCGUGAUGCCUUAAUGGAAGAAAUUAAAAGGAAAAAGAUUCAGGAAACCCAAGCAAAAAUCGCCAUGAAUGAGAAGAUUCUGAAAGAGGUUGGAUAAUAUUAAGAAAUGAAGAGAAAAAAAAAAAAAAAUAACAACGAAAUAAGAUAAAGAUAAUUAUUUUAAGAGUGUGAUCUGGAGAUGAUUGAGAGAGAAGAGAAAAGAGAGAGAGAGGGAAAAGUGAGUGAGAGAGAGAUGAUUGAGAUGAUGAGAAAAGAAUAAUGGGAAAUUAGAAAGAGAAAUAGAAAGAGAUUGAAAGCAUUCCCAUGUAAAGAAUCAGAUGAGAUGAUAACGAAAUCAUAAGUACUGAAUUUCGCUCACUCUCUUUCUCCCUUAGUUCGUUCCCUCUCUUUUUUAUUCUCAUCAUCAUCAGUACUUUCUCUCUCUCUCUCUCCCUUCUCUUCUUCUCUCCGUCUCUCUCUCUCUCUCUCUCAUUCUUUCUCCCCCUUUCUCAUCAUCAUCAUCUUCUUAUUCUUCUUUACUUACCUUUUCAUCUUCGAUUCCCGGACUGAUCCGGUCUCAAAGUAUGACUUUAAUUGUAACUGAUAAGAAUCCUGGUUACUCGAUAAUCGUUACUCAAUAACUGAUCAUCAUCCUCAUCCUCAUCUUCCUCUUUCUUUUCCUCUUCUCUUGAUAAUUAUAGCUGAUUCUUUUUGUUUUGUAAUCUCGUAUCAUGAAUGAGCGCACAUCGAGCUUUAUAUUAUUGUAUCAUUGGGAUAUUUACACUUCUACCAAUCUGAAAGAGAGAGAGAGAGAACCAAAUUAAUUAAGAUGAUUAAGAAAAUGGAAGAGGUAAAAAUAAUGCUUACACUGUCAAGAUAUUCAUCAACAAUUAAGACAAAUAAAAAAUGUCAAUUAAGACACAAUUGUUUACUUAUAUUACUUCAUCUCCUCAUUAAUUGUAACCAAGAUCAGUGUUUCCAGAUAGAAAGCUAUUAAUAAAAUGAGUUAAGAGACAAUCAAAUUAA